ACAUCAGACCACACACGAUCCAGCCUCUCCGGUGAUCGACCAAAUGUCGGUUCUUGACCUCCCUGAGCUGGCUCUUGACUGCAUUCUCGACCUUCUUCCACCCUCUGGACUCUGCAGCAUGGCUAGGGUUUGUAGCUCCUUGAGGGAGAGAUGUAUGAGUGAUCAUCUAUGGGAGAAACAUUUGAAGACCAAAUGGGGCAAAAUUCUUGGCCCUGCUGCUCACAGAGAGUGGCAAUCCUAUAUCUCCUCUUCCACAUAUCAUCUUGAUUCUCCUCAUCCAAAAACUGGGAAUCUUGGUUUUGCCAAAGUCAUCUCUCUGAUCCGAUCUCUUUCAUCCGUUUUUCGAGAUGAUAAACAAAGGAGUAGAUAUGCAUCUUCUCUGCCACUUGAUUCGAGCAUGAGCUGCUACCUCUCCCUUGAAACAGGUCGUUUUUGGUUCCCAGCUCAAGUUUACAACCGUGAGAAUGGGCAUGUAGGGUUCAUGUUGUCAUGCUAUGAUGCCGAGCUCAGCUAUGAUACUCUCACUGAUACUUUCCAAGCCAGGUAUCCACCACAUGGUAGACGAGCAGCUGCGGUUGAAAAGGGUGUGACAUGGGAUAGAAUAAGAGCAGCUCCCAUUGAUGCAUCGCCUCAUCAUCUCCAUGUGUCAGAUUCUUUAAAAGAGUUGAAACCUGGAGAUCACAUCGAGAUCCAGUGGAGAAGGAACAAAGAGUUCCCAUAUGGAUGGUGGUAUGGUGUUGUUGGCCACUUGGAAUCUUGUGAUGGAGAUCUCAACCAUUGCCAUUGCCAACUUAGCGAGACGGUAGUGUUGGAAUUCAACCAGUACACAGUCGGAUCGAGGUGGAGAAGAACGAUGGUGAUGAGAGAUCAUAAAGAGGAAGGUAAUGAAGAAGACGGGUUCUAUGGAGGAAUCCGAAAGCUAAAUUGUAAAGAAGAGGUUGCAAUGUGGAAGCGUCACUGGCCUUGCUCCAUCUUGGAAUAGCAUGAGGAAGCUUUGCUUAAACACUUGGGGAAAUAUGUUACACAUCACUGUACGGAGAGUAGGAUGUUGAAUUUAGACGUCUAUUCUCUUUUAUCCAAUGUAUGGUUGAUCGUGAAUUAUUUGUUUGGAAUAUAGUCAAAAUACGUGA